AUGGAUGGGCAUGCCUCAACAGGCAAACGAAUUGCCCAAGAUGAAGAGUUCAAGAUCAAAGGCGCCGCGACCAGAAUUGUCUCAGACCGCAGCAACAGAGGGGCAGAGACGUGCACCAUCUGUCUGGAAUCGAUAUCCGAGCGCGCAGUGGCAACUCCCUGUAACCACCUGACCUUUGACUUUCUUUGCUUGGUCUCAUGGCUCCAGGAAAGGUCUACCUGUCCUCUCUGCAAGGCGGAAGUAAAGGAGGUCCAAUACGACUGGAGGUCUGCAAAUGACUACAAGACCUACCAUGUCCCAAAGGCUACUGUCCCAUCUGCACCCUCACAGGCACAGUAUGCAAGAAAUGUACGCCGAGCACAUCGUCCAUCAGUAGUGAUCGAGGAUCAAUCCAUCGAACGGCGCAGGCAUGUGUAUCGUCAUCGGCUGUACUCGCUUCACGUGGGGUCCAAUUGUCUCUCAGGAUACAAGGAUUUCUCACCGGACGAUUACACUCGCUCGCCUGAGCUUCAAUCAAGGACACGAACAUUUCUCAGAAGAGAAUUGCAAGUAUUCACUUUUCUUGGCAAUCGGGAUUUUCUCAUCGAGUAUAUCAUUGCAGUCCUCAAGAAGUACCAUGUCAAAUCUGCCGAUGGGAGAGCCGAGGAACUCUUGAGGGAGUUUUUGGGUGAGGCAAACUCCAAGCUCUUGCUGCAUGAAUUGCAAAUGUGGUUGCGGAGUUCGCUUCCCACGCUGAGGGCCUGGGAUGCGAAGACUCAGUAUCGUGACUCGAGUUGUCAAGUGAAUAAGAGUGCAAGCUGA